AUGUUCACCGUUAAGAAGAUUGGCCAGCUGAGUGAGCAGACACAAAACUUCGCGCUCGUUGCACUCGUCAUCGCCAAAAGCGACGCACACUACUUCAGUGGUUCCCCACGAAACGGAUCCCGAUUCGUCGGAGAAGGGGCCGCGGAUAGUGGCAGUGCACGCGGCGUGCUGACGCUGACGUUGCGCGACUCGGACCGCGAUACCAUCAACUGUACGGUGUGGGGCACAUCGGACACCAUGCUGCGGUACGAGGAAACCAUCCGUAUCGGCACGGUGGUGGAGCUGCACCGGCCACAGAUUGCUUCCACGGUUUAUGGUCGCUCGGAGCAGUACGCACCGCGGGUAUCGUCCCGCUACUGCCUGACGGUCAACGAACAGUCGGCAGAGGCCGUUAAUGUGCACACGGGCGAACAGGUACCGUUCCUACGGUCACUGCUCACCGUUCCAGCGGUGCGUCCGGAAGAAACGAUUCCGCUGGCUGACAUCGUGGCCAGUGGCGCCGGUUGUAGCGGGGAAACGUUCUGCGUGCUGGUGGUGGUACGAUCGAUCCGUCCGGUGCGACAAAUUCGCAUCGCCCGCCGGAAUGAGGUAAAAUCGUUUCGCGAAGUGGUCCUGAUGGACCGGAGCCACUCGGGCGUGCUGCUGAAGCUGUGGUCCGAGAGCUACAUCCGCUGGGCGGACAGCUGGCAACCGAUGGCCACCGUGCUGGCGAUCGCCGAUGCACGGAUCGAGUACAGUGAGUACCACAAGUCGAUCGGUCUGACGAUUGAUCGCAAAACGAUCGUCACGCAAGAUCCACGCGGGCCGGAAGCAGGCCGACUGUUGCAGCACGCUAAAACCGUUCCGACAAACACCGUUGAUGUGGCCUAUUCGCUCUCGUCUGGCACCGUAGACCCGAGCACCAUCAACACGAUCAUGACGGUGCAGCAGAUCAUGGACCGUGCCGUGGGUGCCUACGGCACGGGAGAGGAGGAUGAAUUCACCGCCCUCUGUUACGCCGUCAUCACACGCUUCGAUCUAGACGGACCCGAAGCGCGGAUCGUAAGCCAACGGUGUGUCCACUGCCGGACAUUUUUGCCCAAACAGUCAACCGGCUGCUCGAAGGAGGAUUGCACCGGACGGUACGAUACGGCAGCGGUCCCACCGGAGGCUUUCUUCGACAUCACCGUCGAUAUUUCGGAUCACACCGGCACCCUGGCCGGUUGCCGGAUGAUGAGCAGCAUCGCCGAGUCCGUGCUGCGGUGCGAUGUGGCCACGUUCGGCCGUAAGUCGGACGCGCAGCGCACGGCACUGAAGUGGCAGUAUCUGUUGGACCGGUUCGCCCUUCGAUUGGUGGUGAAGCGACGGACGGCCGUUCGGUUUCAGCACCUAUUUUCGAUCGUCGGCUGCACGGCGGUGGAUCCGGUGGAACUGGAGAGCAAGCUGAAAGUGUACUAG